GCGAAGAUGACGUCCUGAAAUAUGAUAAGCCCAAUGUUACAGUUACAGCACCAGCAUCUUGUGAUAUCUUGAAAGUCUUUAUAUACAAGAAGCGACUAAGUUUUUCGCGCGAUCACCAAAGAACCUAGGCUAAAUACGGAUCGCAGAGCACCGCAGAAUGCAGGUCACGCGGAUGGGAACGCCCACCGGGGCGCCGGUCUACCAACCGCAGUCGGCAACAAUGGGUGUGGUGCAGCCCGUCGCAGUGGCGCCUGUUCAGCUAGCCCCUGCACCGCAAUAGAUGGUUGUCAUGGUUUCACCAAGGGCGCCAGUACAAGGUAUGCAGUAUGUCCAGCCGGCACAGGAGGGAUCUACGCUAGUACAGUACACACCUCCACAAGGGGGAAUGCGAGCGCCACAGCAGGUUAUGGUUGAUCCCGCUCAGCCAGCACGGCCACCUCAACCGGCGCAAAGACCCGCGGGAGGGAAAGAGAAGCUGAAACAACCAGAAGGCAUAUGCGCAAACGUCUGUGGACCAUACUUUUCCUUCAUCUCCUAGGAAGAUGAAAACAAUCAACAUCUUGUUCUCUACAAGAACUUCAUACAUUGCAUCUCGAUCACCCUAAUGUUGGUCUUUUGCUUUACAAAUAGCUACAGCUGCGUCCACAGGCAUAUCUGCACGUUUAUGUAGCGUGUCAUUACAACAUCCUUUCCUUGCCUCCUUUCAGAUGCAUGACAUGCUGUUUGGGCAUUAGGAUGUGGGGCAUGUUGGCUCUCGUUCUGGGAGAAGACCCAGACUUUCUGGGCGAUGUUGUGGAUACAGUGGGAGACAUAAGAUGCACUGCGGUGGAGGUUGCGGGAGAUGCCGCAGGCGAAGUCGGGAAAGUGGCCGGCAACGUUGUUCAGUCUUAAAGCGAGGCGCACCAAUCUGAGACAAACAUCAAAUAAAAAUGUGCAGUUGUUGCGCUUGUGCCUUGAUAUAGUGUCACUGUUGUAAUCCGUAAAUGUUGUGGGUGUACCACGACCAUUGGUUCUUGUUUUUCCCGUCCCCUUCCUGGUUCUUCGUGUAGGGGCGCACCGCGCACCACUUUGCGCUCAAUACCACUUAUGCUUGGUGGUGAAUACACAACGAGCUAUGUUCUCAAUCAUAUUAAGUAAGAU